AUGGGCGCCGUCAUUUCCUAUCUCCAAGGCGGCAUCACAACCAUCACAAGCGUUAUCCGCACGCUCUCAGCCCUCAACGCAAAAUACCAAUCCCUCCUCCAGCGAAUCCACACCGGGCCAUUUACGCCCGUUGAAAAUCCCACGGUUUCAUAUUGGAUGCAGAAGCCGCCGUUUCCAAAAAUAUGCAACAUUCAAGGCGAUUUGCCAGAGGAGGCGGAUGUGGUUAUUGUUGGGAGCGGGAUUACGGGUGCUGCUGCUGCGAGGACGGUGCUUGAGCUGUCAUCUGCUUCUAAAACCGGGCUCAAAGUAGUGGUUCUAGAAGCAAGACAAUUAUGUAGCGGCGCAACGGCUCGAAAUGGUGGACACAUUAAAUGUGCGCCUCAUGAGGAGUUUGCGCGGCUGAGGAGGACGCUGGGGGAGGAGAAGGCGAAGAAGGUUGUGAGAAUGGAGAUGCGGCAUUUGGAUGUUUUGAAGGGGGUUGGUGAGGAGGUGGGGUUUGGGGAGGUGAGGGAGGUUGAGACGGUGGAUGUUUGUCUUGAUGGGGAGGUGUUUGGGAAGUUGAAGAGGAGUGUGAGUGAGUUGAGGGAGUGGAUGCCCGAGUUUGAGGUUUGUGUUUGGGAGAAGGAUGAGGCGAGGGAGAAGUUUGGGGUGAAUCGGCAUGUUGUUGGAGCCAUCUCUUACACAGCGGGUGCUCUAUGGCCGUACCGUCUCGUUACAAGCACAUGGAACGACUUGAUCAAGCGGUAUCCCAACCUCGUCAUCAGCACACACACUCCAGUCUCAUCAAUCACGUCAAACAACGAUGCCACGACGCCAUAUGUAGUCCACACUUCACGCGGCCCUCUCCGCGCAAAACACGUUCUCCACGCUACAAACGGCUACACAGGCCAUCUCAAUCCCGCCCUAAGAGGCUGUCUAACAGGCGUCAUUGGCCACAUGACGGCUCAAAGCCCCGGAAGCAGAUUUGAGCGGGCGUGUCAUGGUGGGAGGUCGUGGUCUGUUAUAUACGGCAAUGGAUUUGAUUAUGUGACGCAGCGACCUGAUGGGGAUGAUGGGUCUGCGGGCGAUUUGAUGCUGGGAGGGGGCUUGUUUAGGAGUAAAGAUGAGGGAUUGGACCAGAUUGGCGUUUGGGAUGAUGGGAGAAUGGAUGCGUUUCCGCUGAUGCAUUUGAGGGGGAGCAUGGCGACGGUGUUUGAGCCGAGAUGGGGUGUUGGGGGGGAGUUGAAGGGGGCGUGGACGGGGAUUAUGGGAUUUACAGGUGAUAUGCUCCCUUUUGUGGGGGGUUUGCCCUCGAAGUUGGAUGUAUCGAGGAAGACGGCACGAGGGGGCUGUGGAGAGGGGGCUUCUGGGCAGUGGCUGGCUGCUGGGUUUAACGGAGAGGGCAUGGUGUGGGCUUGGCUGAGCGGCGUGGCGGUGGCUGUUAUGAUGUUGGGCUUGGAGGAGCAGGAUUUAAAAGAGGCUGUGGGACGGCCUGGAGGGAGGCUGGAUGAGUGGUAUCCGGUAGAGGAGGUUAAAGUUGAUAAGGCGAGGCUGAGGAGGGCGGAUUUGACGAAUUUGGCUGGUGAGGUUUGA